CUCCGGUCGCCGCCGCCGGCUCGCCGUCCCCGGCCGUGCUCCCCGCUCAGGCUGCCCCGCCCGAGCCGGCACCGAGAAGGGUCCCUGCUGACUUUCAGUCUGAUGCCCGUCCAACCCUAUGACCACUUGGAAUGGAAUGAUUCUAUGCACUCCCUUCGGAUAACUGUGGGUGGCCUUCCUGUCCUUGCGUCCAUGACCAAAGCUGCUGACCCCCGCUUUCGACUCCGCUGGAAGGCAAUCGUAGUAUCUUCGCUGUGCUUUGGUAUUGUGCUAUUGUUGCUGUGCUUCCUUCACCGUUCAUCCACAGGAAGACCAAUUCAGCCCAACGCCCACAACCGGAGGCUUAGUCAGUUUUCUGUUGACCGGUACAAUGAUACCUAUCCUCUCUCUCCCCCCCAGAAGACUCCGAAUGGAGUUCGAUACCGACUUGCAGUUAUUGCUGACUUGGACACUGAAUCCAGGGCCAAAAAGGAAAAUACCUGGUUCAGUUACCUGAAAAAGGGCCACCUGACCUUGUCAGAGAGUGGAGACAAAGUGACUGUAGAGUGGGAUAAGGAGGAUGGCAUCCUGGAAUCCCACCUGGCUGAAAAAGGAAGGGGCAUGGAACUCUCAGAGCUGAUUGUUUUCAAUGGGAAGCUCUACUCGGUGGAUGAUCGAACUGGGGUGGUCUACCAGAUUGAAGGCACUAAGACAGUGCCUUGGGUGAUCCUGUCAGAUGGAGAUGGUACAGUGGGAAAAGGUUUUAAAGCUGAAUGGCUGGCUGUGAAAGAUGAGCAUCUGUAUGUCGGAGGCCUGGGCAAGGAGUGGACCACUACUACCGGUGAAGUGAUGAAUGAAAACCCUGAGUGGGUAAAGGUGAUUGGCUACAAAGGCAAUGUAUAUCAUGAAAACUGGGUGUCUAACUACAAUGCUUUGAGAGAUGCAGCUGGGAUUCGCCCCCCAGGCUACCUAAUUCAUGAGUCAGCUUGUUGGAGCGAUACAUUACAGCGAUGGUUUUUCUUGCCCCGUCGGGCCAGCCAUGAACGUUACGAUGAGAAGGAAGAUGAACACAGGGGUACCAACCUUCUCCUGCGCUCUGCUCAAGACUUUGGAGACAUCUCCGUGAGCCAUAUUGGGGAAAUAACCCCAACACAUGGCUUCUCUUCCUUCAAAUUCAUUCCUAACACAGAUGACCAAAUCAUCGUGGCCCUGAAAUCAGAAGAAGAUAAUGGCAAAAUUGCUACCUACAUCAUGGCCUUCACUCUCGAUGGACACUUCCUUCUCCCAGAGACCAGGAUUGGGAGCGUAAAAUAUGAAGGAAUAGAAUUUAUUUAAAACAGAAGAGAGAAAAAGACUUUCAUGGAACAUAGCCAAGUGGCUAAAAUGUGUAAGCUGGGUCUUUACUUUGGUUUUAUACGAAUGAGAAGAUUUUAGAUUUUUAUUUUUGUGAUUUAUUUCUUUUUUGCUGCAAUGAGAGAUGUGUGUCCUGACUGGGUGAUUGCCAGAGAAGGGAGAUCAGAUCCAGGGUAUGUCAAUUAAGGGAAUAUGAGUUCCAGCGUUUCUUUGUAGUUGCUGAAAUGGACACAUCUUCAGUAACUGACUGAUGUCUUCAGUUAGUGGUGAUUGUGCCAUAAUGUGUUUCCACAUUGGCACCUGGUGGUGAAAGACAGUCAUUAUCUCAAAUUCUGCCCAUACUGUACAGUUCACUUCCUGCUGUAGGACUUGUGAACAGUUCCAGCACCCGAUUCCCCCCACUUUAAUUUUCAUGGAAAAAUAUAUUCGAGAGCCAGUGGGGAUUGGGGGGAAGGAUGAUUUUAAUUAGGAAAUCCGAGUCUGUUCACACCAAUAUUAAGGUACCAGGAGUCAAUAAGUGCCCUGAGAAAGAACUCUUUCCUUUUUCCAAGUUAUACGUAAGAUAAUCUCUAUCUCAGUGGCAGCUGACCUCAUUUUACCUAUUUGGGGCAAACUACAUUAUAGUAGCAUGGCACUUUUAAGUCUAACUUAUUUUAAGAAAAAAUAAUGUCCUUUAUUAUAAAAUUGAAUCACCAAAUUUAAUCACCUAACAGGAAGCCCUAUACUUAAAUCAUUCACCCAUCAGACAGUAAGUGGCCAUUGGGACCAUCUGUUCUGGGUCAAGACUGAAAAAAUAUGCAUACGGUGAAAGAAUGUUGUAAUUAGAUAGUUAUAGUUAGUAAAGCAACUUUUAAAAUGGUCCUGAGCCCUGGGCCGGCAGAUAGGAAGUUAACAGAAAAAGAAACUUUAAACCUCUUCAGAAACAAAUUGGAAACAUUCAUAACUCCAAAAGCUUUCACAGAGGCCUUGAUUUUUCACUUUCUUACCUUUUAAGUGGAAUGAUGGUUUCUGGCAUAAAUAAACUUUUGUUCCCUGGACUUCUUUAUUCCUUGGAACUUAGCAUUUGGAGUUGAGACCCAGGCUCCAAAUUUCCCUGAAAUAAUUUUAGUGGGGCAUUCAUCAUUCUACAUCCUUCUGUCAUCUCACCUUGAUCCUCGGGCUACCUGUUUUUCUGACGUCUUCUCUCAACAGUCCUUGAUACAGGCAAGGUGGCAUUUGAGAGAGAAUAACUGGGAACAAGACUAAGAAGUGAAGUUUCUCUCAGUGUGCAGUGUUCCUCCCUAAAAAAGCUACCUCAUUUUCUUACGGUUUUUUUUCCCCUAUAAGAAAAACUGUCCCCUUGAUGGGUGUUAAGGAUGGGUAAGCAAAAUGAGAGGAUCUUCCUUCCUGGUUUAAUCAAUGACAACUUUUCUCAACUUGAAACUUUGAUACAGUUUUUUUGAGGGAAUCCAGUUAUGACCUUUCUUGUUCUGAAGGUCUCUCUUUGUUUAUGCUGUAAACACAGGGAGACAAAAAGUAAAUUUAAGUUAUUGAAUGGUCCUUGUUUACCUAGAACUUAUAGGCACUAAUUGACGUCCAGCUGGUAUAUAGAUAUGCCCCAGGCUAGGCUGUCUGUGUCAUUUCCUCUCUUUCUUCUGUUUGGUGAAUGUCAGCUGUGUAUGGACUCCACAGUCAGAAAGGAGAGAGGUUUGGGGAGGACAUGGAAAAUUUAAGAGAAUCAUUAGUUUGGAAUAUUUUAUCCCAGGUUUGAAGUCAGACAUGAGGAGGAGGUGUUUUGAGGUCAGUGAGAAUGACUUUCAACCCCCAGCCUUGGCAUUACUGGAUUCACCAUUUAUACAUGGUCAGUGAUUUUCCAAUAUCUUUACAUUAUGCUGCCUUUUUUUCCUUCCCUCUCUCUUUACUACUGUAAACACAAUGAUUGUGUUCCUUGCCUGCUGGAUCCAUGUGUUAUAAUAAAGUUUCAGAGGGGAAUGUGAAGUCUA